ACUUUUGAGGCGCACGUCGGAGUUCUGGUCAGUCAAUGUCUGUUUAGAAGUUGUGAUUAGUUUUAAUAUUGCAGACGUUUGAGGACUUAACCUGAACAGACAUGUAUUGUCAAUGCCUUAUUCUGCUCAUGUUGGCUCAAACAUCGCUGGUUCUCCCGGUUCUUGUCGAUAGGAUCAAUGUUCAGAUCCAGCAGCCGGUCGUUUUGGGUCAUCGGCCCGUCACCGGGCGAGUCCUUCUCAAUGGAGUCCCCAUUCUUGCCACCAACCAGGAGCUCAGCAGCAUUCUUCAAAGAAUGUCAGCUGAUUUACUCGCUCUUAGACUCCUCAGUGGAAACCAGUCGGCAUUGCUGAGGAACCAAAGCUACCUUUGGUCUCGUGACUGCACACAGGAGGGGUCCGAGCUGCAGAGGACAGAUCGUUUUUUCUACGACGGUGUGGUCUACCUGUCUCUGAACCACAAUGGCACUUGGACAGCUCACACUCCGCAAGCAGCGGCCCUCAAAGCGUUGUGGGAGCGAGUGGCGCGGAGCUCACUGGAGGACGAAUGCAUGAUCCUGAUGAGGGAAUUGAAGCUUUCUGAAGAGCAGCCAGAGCCAGAGAUUCCUUCCCCGCAGUUUUUGAUCUCAAUCUUGGCACUUCUGGCCUUCACUGGGCUUGUUGGCAUCAGCUUCCUCCUCGCCACUAAACAGGGUUUGACUUUCCCUGGGGGGGUUCCUGGAUCUAUCGUACACUACCCUAAGAACAUGGCAGAGCUGAAUUCAGCGAUAAAAUCCAAUGAUUAUCAUACCUUUAUAAAUUAUUAACUUUUA